CCGUCGUCGUCUCGUCUCUCUCACGUAACGAACUCCUCCCCGCCGCCGACGAGAGAUGGCCGCCGGCGAGCGGCCACCGCGCGAGGAGUGGUAGGACGUCGUUGUUGUGCUGUUGGUUGGUUGUUAAUUUGGGAGGGAGACGCACCCGCCAUUCUUGGUUUGGGAAGAGUGGACGAACGGUGGUUGGGUUGGGUGUGGGAGGGAUCGGUUGGCCGAUGCCGUUGCAGUUGAGGAGCCAGUUGCAGUGCGGGAUGGAGACAAGGCCGGCGCCGGCGCCGGCGAGGGCGUCGAGGUUUCGGAGGCUGCUGGUGCGGGUGUCCGCGGGGGACGCGAAGGAGAAGGAGGAGAGGGCGCCGGAGCCGGAGGCGGGGUCGGUGGGGUUGGACCGGAUGGUUCUAAGCUUCAUGGAGGACGCGACGACGGCCGUGGAGCGGCCCCCGCGAGGCGGCCGCUGCGGCAACUGCUUCAACGGCAGCGGCGGGGACGGCAGCAGCGACGACGAGGAGUUCGACUUCCUCCCCUCCGACUCCGCUGCCGCCGCCGCCGCCGCCGCUGGCGCCGCGUCGGCCUCCGCCAGCGACGCCCUGGAGGCGUUGAAGGGAUUGGUGCAGAGCGCGAGCGUGGCGGAGAGGAACCUCCUCGCCGACGCGUCCAGGAUCGCCGAGAGGUGCCGCAAGGGCGGCAAGAAGAAGGCGGACGUCCGCCGCGCCGUCGCCGACGGCCUCGCCGCCCUCGGCUACGACGCCGCCGUCUGCAAGUCGCGGUGGGACAAGACCCCCUCGUACCCCGCAGGCGAGCACGAGUACAUCGACGCGGUGGUGGCGACGACGACGCCGACGCGGCUGGUGGUGGAGGUGGACUUCCGGUCGGAGUUCGAGGUGGCGCGGUCGACCAAGGUGUACCGCGCGGCGCUGCAGGCGCUCCCGCCGCUGUUCGCCGGGACGCCCGACCGCCUCGGGCAGAUCGUCGCCGUCGUCGCGGAGGCCGCGCGGCAGAGCCUGAGGAAGAAGGGCCUCCACGUCCCUCCAUGGCGGAAGCCGGAGUACAUGCGCGCCAAGUGGCUCUCCCCGCAAUUCCUCCGCUGCUCCGACAAGCCGCCUCCGCCACCGCCGUCACCCCCACCGACACCGGUAUCACUCCCCAGCUUCUCCGGCGAGUUCGAGCUACUCUUGGACGGCAAAUCCCCGCCGGGGCACACUGCUGCCGCCGCCGCCGCCGCCGCCGGCGACGACGACAACGACGUAGACGGCAACAAGAUCACGGUGGUGGUGUCCCCAUCGCCGUGGCGCCCGGUGGAGCCGGAGACGGCGAGCAGGAAGAGGCCACCGCCGCCGCACCCCAAGGGGAAGGUGGUGACCGGGCUCGCCGCCGUGCUCUGACCGCGGCGAGAUCACUCGCUCCACUCCACUAGCUAAUUAACCAGCUCACGCCAAGCUCUCCUCUCUCCCCAAAUUUCAUUCUUUUUUUUCCCUUUUUCCAUCGCCUUCUUGAUCCGUCCGGGGCCUAGCUCAUGGUGUUUUCUCGGUUUUUUUCCGAUUUUUUUGGAAAAAGACAUUUGCAGAAAACACCUCCAUUUUUCUUUAUUUCUUUUUUAUUUUGGAAAAAAUUUUGGUUUCCACAAAAGGGAUGUGCAAGAAGCAGUAGCAGUGACAGCUUCUUGUUGCCCCCUAUUGUUGAGAAGUGAAUAUGAAAAGGAGAGAUGCAAUAUUACCAGUUGCUAGCUUAAUCAAAUCUUAAUUACCGUAAAAUAUUGCAAUGUAAUUACUGCUUUUAGGGACAUGGAGUAAUGCCAACCCUCAAAAAAAAUGCUCUAGAUAAAUAUAAAAUAAAUGAAGAUGAGAUGAUAUUUACUGCUUUUAUAACUAUUGAAG